AGAUUAUUGGGUUAUAAUUUGUGGUUUAGUUAGAUAAACAACACAACGAGGAACUGACGGGAAAGUUGUUGAUAUUUCACAUUUUGGACUACGAUUUUUAAAGAAUAUGUUAUUCAGAACUGUUCUGAAAACUUUGCAGAAUUAGAUGGGAUAGUUGGAUUUGUUUUAAACAAGUCUGAUACAAUUUGUAAAGAUGCCGUCUUCAGGCCGUACGUCAGGGAGCUCGUCCCGCAGGAGUCGAUCGAAUCACAGCCAUCAUCACCACCGCCACAGGAGAAGACAUCGGCUGAGACCGAAGCAGACGGAACGGAACCUGGUUGCCUCUAUACUCGGGAUGGUUGUCAUAGCUGUUCUUAUCUCGGCCCUAGCAGACAGAAAGUGGUUCAGACUGCAUGGCGGGAAGUGCAAACAGGAGUAUCUGGGUGCCUACCAAUUCCUCACACCAAAUAUCGAAAAUAUGGCAUCAUACCAGUACUGUUUUACAAGUAAAGCGAUACCAAUCAUGAGAGCGGUGAUAGGGUUCCUGUUCCUGGGCAUCGUGUCGUCUCUUGUUGCAUUCUUCCUAGACACCUUGGGACCUAUGCAGACACCAUUAAAGCUCUGUAGAAGAUUCGCUAUCUCAUCCAUUGUAACAGUCCUCUUCUGUGUCGCCAUCAAUGGCUUCUGCUAUUGGGUGUCAACGUGCAUCGAAGAAGAGCUCAAAGCCUACAAACUGGUCUCGACCAGCAAAGUCUACGUCACGUUCGAGAUGGGCUACUACUUGGUUGUCGUCUCGGGGGCACUCUCCGUCGUCAUAUCAGCCACCAAUCUUCUCAGGCGGUACCCGCUUUACGACGAGCCCCAGAGGAGAGAGAGGUUGGUGGAAGACUGGGACGAGCUGCUGGAGCAAGAGCUGCCAGGUUUUCCUCCCAACGCAGCCCUCACCGCCCCUCCUGCGUACACCCCUUAACAGCAGGUGUCAUCGCCGCCAUCCAAACGACUAGGAUGGUUUUUGUUUGUAACAUCUUGAUGAAAGCAAUAUUGAGAGGUUCAAAAUACAGGUGAUAUUAUGGAAGGCCCUGUCUUACAAAUUAAUGUGAUUGAAUUUAUUCUCUCAACUAUGGAAAGCCAUCAGCACCAUAAUUCUUUGUCUAUAACUGUAUGCACUUUGUCAAUAAGGAGGAUCACACUGAUGGACCAAUACAAUGACCACACUCAUGAAAGUAUUUGUCAUAUUUAGAGGUCAUGAUAUAAAAUGGCAUGUAUAUUUUCUAGAUCAUGGUGUCAUUGGCUUUCCAUAGUUAAGAUUGAUUGGAUCAAUCGUACUGAAUUGUAAGACGGGGUCCUGGGGGGAGCAUUUCAUCAACCUUUUUUGUCCGACACGUUCUGAUUGGCUGAGAAGCAUUGUUCCUAUGGUAACUGUGGGAUAAAACGUCUGAUGACUCCUUUCAUGAACAGCUGACCUGUUAUUAAUUAUUCUGAAGUUGUUCCAUUGCCAUAAUUAACCAGACCACCGUAUUCAUUUGAAUGUUACAAGGGAAAGAAAUCCAAAAUGAAAUUGUUAACAAAAUCAAGCCCACUGUACCUUAUUCCAUCUGACUGCAUACAAAUAUACUGUAUACAAGAUUUUUCUGUUGAUGUCCUCCAUCUCACACACUCAUGGCUUUAUUUCUGAACUUUGUUGGAUAAAAACUUACUUUUAUUACCCAAGAUGCGCAUUUAGCAAAUUCCUCUAUCUGUUCAUGAGCAUUUGAAAUAAGAUAGUACAGUGUACAUUUAGUUCAAUAUUAGCCAAAAGUGGGUUUUGAUAAGAUACAUAAUAUUGCUGUUCACAUAUGAAAAAUAAUUAUGGGAUUUCUAGAAGUACAGCUUCAACAACUAUGACUCGAGUGUCGCUGAGGCAUGUAAUGUCCUAUUUGCAUUUUAACCAUGCAGCAAUACUGCCGACUGCCGAGUAAUGAUACAUAAAACACAUUCAAAUGAGUCUUCUCAGAAGAAAUGGAUAAAUGUAAAUGGCUAUAUUAUACUAUACAUUAAUCCAUUCUCCCAUGAUGCAAUAUGCAUGUACUUUUGGUGCUGCAUGGGUACAAGGAUGAACAUUGUUCAGAUAUGAUGCAAAAAAGUUCAGCAACAUUUUAAUCUCACCUGCAUAGCAGAGUGAGACUAUAGGCACCGCUUUUCCUGUCUGAUUUUUCUUUAUCUGUUUAAAUCAUAUCAUUUUCAGCCCAGAGCAUCCCUUUAAAGGCAUUGGCUAGCUUUGUGAAGAGCCGAUUUAACAAAUUCUCAAACCAAGAUGAAACACGAGUACAUGUAUUAAAACUACUCGGGAAACAACCAUUUUUUAGGAUGAAAAGCUAUAUAUAAUUACAAAGCAAACCACAAUUUUAUAAUUUUACAUCUUCAGGUCAUUAAUAGGACACGUAUAGUGUAUGUGAUGAACUUAAGAUAGUGUUUCUGGUCACUUUAUAUUUUACUUUUUAAAACACUAAAUGAUUUUGGGAUACGAUUUUUUUUUUCUGAGCUUCAUUUUUGUAACAUAUUAGAUACAUUAGGUGAAAAGUGGGACCUUGUAGCUCAGAUUUCUAACAGUCAAAUCAAUGUAAGCCUAUGCCUUUAGGAUGUGAGACAAAUUGCACCAUUUAUGAUGAUAAAUGCACAAUGUAAGCUGCUCAUUGCAAAAAUAGUCAACAUUUUCUUGGAAAAUGGAGUUCAUUAUGAUUGUCAUCAGAAUGAAUUCACUAUGAUGUCAUCACAAUGAAGUCAUCAUGAUGUCAUCACAAUGAAGUCAUCAUGUCAUCACAAUGAAAGUCAUGAUGUUAUCACAAUGAAGUCAUGAUGUCAUCACAAUGAAGGUAUUACAAUAUCAUGACUCAUUUAGGUUUCAUAAUGAUUCUGUGAUAUAUGAUUUUAACGUUAUGUUUUGUAGUGAGUUUAUAUGCAAGUAUGGACUUACAUUUUUUGCUACAUGUGUAAUAUUUUUUAAUUUGCAUCAACCUUUAAAAAGUAUAAGUCCAGUAUCUCGUCACGUUGCUACAAAAACUUGUUUGUGCAACCCGUUUUUUUCUUGGGGGGGGUUUGUUUUGGGUUUUUGGGGGGCGUGUCACAUCCCAUUUACUAUGUACAAGAAAAUGUUGUUGAGCUGAGUUGCGUCAUGUCUGAAUAGGCCGUUUAAAUGUAAAUUAAAAUGUUUAUCAUGGGAGAUGAUAUACAUCGCACCAUGGAUAAAUGGCUUUGUUACAGUACUAAAUUUUUAAUAUGGUGGCAUGUAUAUGAAGUUAAUUUGUGUUAAGAUUUCUUGUUGUCUAUCAGCUUAUAAAAUAAGCAUGUGACUUUUGUAUGACACUAUAAAUCUUUUCUCAGUGAUCUCUGUACUGGUAGAAUUAUAGAAUGUAGAGUGCCAGGUAUUUGAUUGUAAGAAAGUAUCAAUUCAGGCAUAUAUGUCUGAUGUUGAUUUUUAUUGCAUUUCACCAUUGGAUGAUACAUGUACAUGUAGGUAUUUCGCCAUAAUACAUGUAGGUGUGAUAUAGUAUACGUUUAUAUAUACUUAGGAAGUGUUGUUGCAAACUUGCAAUAAUUGUAUCUGUUUAUUUUCUGUGAUUUAGUUAAUUAUUUUUAUUCUUUUCAUAAUUCUGAAAUUACUUUUUGGUAGAUUUUUACAAAAUAUUUGUAGAUUCAGGGUGGAACAGUGAAAAAAGAAGAGCUGUGAGAAUAUACAAUUGACAGAGAUGUUAUUGUUGCUGGUUUUCUUCAACUCGUCUUCAUUUAGCUUUCCCACUUAAAAGUCAUAAUUAUAUGCUCUAUAGGAGAGGGUUAUAUUUGUUUAUAGAACUUUGUGAUAGCUGUUUGAAAUCUGAUGCUAUGACAAAAUUUUGGUAUGCAUGUAGAUAACAUAAAAUAAUAAAUAAGUGCACUUUAUUGACCAUCUAAGAUUGCUUUUUCCUCAAUUAAAUGUCGUAGCAUUGAAGAGUUUUGAUCAUUUCUAUUCAAUUUUUAAUUAGUUUAGAGCCAUAUGUCUGGCAGAGUAUGAUAAUAGGAUAGCAUUUCCUUCAUGUAGGCAUCAAAUUAACCAAUCAGCAUGCUUACAUUGUAGUAUUCAAAUGGAUAUUUUGUUGGCAUUUUCAAUAACUAAUAAUCUGCUUUACAUAAUGUGAUUUGAAUAAAUCACAAUAUAAAGUUUUAUUUAAACAAUUCAUUAAAUUCUCACUCAACCGCACCAUUAAAUUACGCUGUUAUGCAGUAAUAAUUUUUUUGGGGGGAGGAUAAAAAAAUAGCCAAAUUAUUUGUGAAUAAUAAUACAUGUUUGCUGAAUGUGAUCUUACUAGAUUUUUAUUUUUGUUGAGUUUGAAAUGAAAAUAAUAAUGAUAAUAUAGGAUUUAUAAACCGCAUGUAUCCACCUUGUUAGGUGCACAAGGCGCUCCUACUAUAUUACCCCGGCUAUAAAGCUAGUCUACCGAUUCCGGUAGCCAUCUUUUCCCAUUAAAUAUACAUGUAUGUUUGGGAAUGGGAACACCCCUUUUUUACAUCCUGAUAAAGAUUACUGUAGCUUUUUCUCAUUUAUUUCUUCAGGUUAUGUAUAUAUUCAUUUUUAUAAAGUAUGUUUACAACUCACAAAGAGAGUAAUAUAUAGUGUAUCUGGGCCAGUUGCACAAAACUUGAUAAUUACGUGUACCGGUAGGUGAUAACUUUCCAUGAAAUCCUUGAUUCUGAUUAAAUUGUUUAGCACGGAGUGUUUCACAUUAACAUCAUUACAAGAGAAUGUAGGUCUAGCUAUUUGCAUCCUGACCAUUAGUACUGUUAUGAAAAUGCAUACUCUGAAAUUAUGACUCAACAGCCAAUUAAAUCAAGGUUUCCAUGGAAAUGUUUAUAAGGUAUGUUUCAUAAAAAUUCAAAAUAAUGUAGUUAGUGCAUGGUUUUAUUUUUUUUUCAAUGAAAGAAAAUUAGAUGUAUCAGUUAUAAAUGUGGGUUUUUUUAAAGACCUUUGCAAGAAUGCUUUGAAUACAAGAAACUAGAGGGGCAGGUCAAUGUAUGUAACAAUGAUUUGCUCCUUUGUCUAAUAAGAAUUUUCUAGCAUCUUGAAUGCAACUUUCAUUUUAAAAAACGUCAAAGUUAUUAUAUGAAUUUGUGUUCCAAAGAAACAAGUCUUUGAAUGCUUUAUGAAUAAUAUAUAUUGUAUCAUACUUAUGUUGUAAAUAAUUAUGAAAAAGAGAUGUUUAUAUGUAUAACUUGUAAACUUGUGUCAUAUUUUUUUCUCUAGGUUUUAUUAGAUGGAAUUAGCUAUUCUGGAUGAGAUAAUCAGUUUACAUUCAAGCUGGUAUUUGAUUUUCCAAGUCAGAACUAUUUUAGUGAGAUAAAUAUUCAGUGGCCCUGGUAUGGCCAGUUUGGACUGGAGAUAUCUCUAGAGACUUUAAUGGUGCCAGAAUGUUCUGUGGACCCCGUAACAUAAAGCUUAGCAAUUGAUUGUGGGGCAGAUUUAUAUGAUUGAUUGCAUUGAUUAUUGUGUAUGAUCAUUCAUAAAACUCGGUCCCACGAUCAAGCACUAGGCUUUGUUACAAUGGCCUGGUUCAGACAAAGCUUGGGAGUGAAGAACUGUUGUGGGUAAACGAUGGCUUGACCCUCAACUCGUCUGAGAAUGUUCCGCUGGCACUGCUGCUGCAAUAAUAUACAGCAUCUUUUUCUAAUGUAUUCCAAACGGUCGUCCCAGAUGUUUCUAUGGCUUGAGACUGAUUCUGUGACCGAGCUAUCUUUCAGAGAGCCAUCACAGGGACGCAGCAACUGAAAAAAAGUCUUAAUAAGAGCUACGAUCUGGCCACGGGUAGAACAAUCAUUUCGGUAAAUGUUACUUUCUAUCUUGUGCUGAAACAUGCACACAAGGUUCUGUCUGAAAUUAUCUAUGAAAGUCUUCAAUGAGAUAAAUAUUUUCAAAGUCUGUAUAUUCUUUGUAGUACCUCUUUUCUUUUUGUUGGCAAAGGUGAUUCUUUCAUGUGUCAUGAAGUUUUACACAUGUACGUCUAAUUAUUGACUUUAAUUCAAUACAUUAGAGCACGAGACCUUACAUCCUCGGUUGCAAUUUAAUCAUGACCUGCACAGUGUCUACAGGAAGUAUUUGUACUAUGCUGGAAAUAGAAAAUUCCAACCAAGCUGGCUAUUAUAAAAUCUGAUUAAUUAUAUAUCUGAAACAGACGAGGACACCGUUCUCAUUAUACUUUCUAAAACUGAUUUACUGGAAACCAGUUUGGAAGAUUGCUUUACUAGCGUUCCCAUUUGAUCACCUGAAAGUGGUUUUCUAAAUCACUUCACGUAAAGCGAUCUUGUUGCUAUGGGAACACUCUCAGUGGGGCGUCAUGUUUCGCGCGAAAUGUGCGAGGAUUGCUUCCCAAAGAAUGGUUAUGUCCGCCUGUUAAAACCAGUUUAAUGAUCUUCAUAACUUCAUAAGUACAUUGCGAUCUUCAGAACUACAUUGAGAGGUGGUUUUCUGAACCGGUUUGGGAGAUCGCUUCCAAGACCACUUCGAGCGUUCUUAUUUCACGUUUAAAUAGUUACUAGUUUCCAGUAAACUAGUUUUAGGACGGUAGUAAGAACGGUGUCAAGUAUAGCUUUUUGUUUUCACCUAGUCAUGCGUGAAUGAUUAUGAAUCAUAAGAUGACUUCUUAUGAGUAUAACUAACAAUACUAUCAAAUGAAAGUGUAGUGACCAAACUAAUUUCUUUUGAUUUUACAGUUUGAUUUGUUACUUUUCUACCACCAUAUAACCAUUUCGGGCGAGGUGAAAUUACGUCACAGACCACAAACCACAUUACUUUUUUGUUCACAUGGGUCUGGUAUCAUUCCACCUUCUGAUUGUUGUUGAAAAUAUAUUAUACUUGUGAAUAUGUUGUUAGUUGACAUAUAUGUGUACAUAUGUAUGAGUGUAUAUUCAUAAUCUUUAAUAUGUUUUCAACAAUAUAGCAAUUUUUUAUUAUGAAUAUGAUAGAAAAAGGGGAGGACUAUUUUUCUUCGGUGGAAUGAUACCAGACCCAUGUGACCAAAAAAGUAAUGUGCUUUCUCGAUCUGUGACGUAAUUUCACCACACCCGAAAUAAUAUGGUGGUAAAAAAGUAACAAAUCAAACUGUAAAAUAAAAGAAAUUAGUUUGGUCACAAUGAAAGCAUUUAAUUAGAAGUCAUGAAAUGCUUCAAUGAUCAGCCUGAAAAUAUACAUCAUUGCUUAAAUAAUACAGUUAUUCAUGCACGACUAAAAGGUAAAAAAUUAAGGUUAUACUUCUGUCAUAAUGUGCAAUUUAUUAGAUUUUAUUAUUGCCAGUUUCUAAUAUUGUAAUCCCUAUUGUAUGAAAGCUGCAAUGGGAAGCAACAAAUUUAUGAAUACAUGUAAAUAUUAUUUGUCUCAUUUUAUAUUUAACCAGUUAUUAAAUACAUGAAUUAUCAUAGA